CUGUUUCCCUGUGCUGAGCUGACCUUGAUCCUGAUGAUCUACAGUCUCCUCCUCCUCCCUACUUCGCUUUGACUCAACAUCAGGAGCUGACCCCCCUCUCCUCCCAUCUCCUCCAGCCCUGACCUCUGACCUCUGACCUCACUGUUUCUGCCACAACAAUAUUAUGUAUCUGAAACAUUUUGGAGGAGAUAUCUGCAGCAUCCCCGACACCUAAACACCCCUCCCCUCCCCUCCCCCUCCCCCCUGUGUCAGUCUAACUCUGGCUGGUCAGGAACAUCUAGCCACCAGCUAGUCUGAACCUUCAGUCACUUCCUGUCCCACCCUCCUCUGGACCUCCAGCCUCCACCAUGGCGGAGGGGCUGCUGCAGGUGGAGAUCCCGGACUUUGGCAGCAGCGUGCUGGGCAGCCUGAACGAGCAGCGGCUACUGGGUCACUACUGCGACGUCUCCAUCCUGGUGCAGGGUCAGGCCUUCAAGGCGCACCGGGCCGUCCUCGCCGCCUCCUCCCUGUACUUCAGAGACCUGUUCAGCUCUGCGGCUGACUCUUCCUCAUCAUCCUCUUCCUCCUCCUCCUCCUCCUCCUCCCAGGCGGUGUUCGAGCUGCCGUCCUCAGUAACGCCAACGUGUUUCCAGCAGAUUCUGUCGUUCUGCUACACGGGACGCCUCAGCAUGGCUGCCAGCGAGCAGCUGGUGCUCAUGUACACCGCCGGGUACCUGCAGAUCCAGAACAUCGUGGAGCGAGGCAUGGAGCUGAUGAUGAUGAAGGCCUCAUCCUCCUCUUCACCUCUCUGCUGUGACUCACAGACGACCUCAGCAGACGAGCUCGGGGGCUUCGACACCCCGAUGGUCCAGCAGCAGCAACAGCAAAGCACCCCCCAGCUGCAGGAGGCCAGUCCAGACCAGCCGGCCCUGAGCCCAGAGGAGCUGCUGCUCGCUGUCAGCAGGAUCAAACAGGAGAGAGCCGACACUCCUCCUGCUGAGGAGAACGGAGCAGGAGCAGCAGGAGCAGGAGAGGAGGCCAGAGCGGACAUCGCGGGGGACCUGCAGACCUCCAGGAGCAGUGCUCUGUGUUACCUGGGUGCAGGUGGAGGUUUGGUACCAGGGCUGCAGUCCUACCUGCUGGCAGGCGGGGGGCGCUCCAGUCCGGGAGGAUCCAGUCUCCCCACGGACUCCCCCCCCUCUCACCCCCCCACUGAGGAGGAGCUGGAGGAGGAUUACUACGGCAACACUGUCCACCCUGGACUCUACCAACACAUCUACGGACAUCCCGCAAACCCCUACAUCCAAGAGAAGAUGGAGAUGCUGCCUCUCCCAUUGGCUAACGAGCGUCGGCCCUGCGUGCUGGUUGGUCGAGACAACAUGGCUCUACCUGCCAGUCUGAUCAGUCAGAUCGGGUAUCGCUGCCACCCAUCGCUCUACACUGAGGGCGACCCGGGGGAGAAGGUGGAACUGGUGGCAGGUUCAGGUGUGUUCAUGACACGAGGUCAGCUGAUGAACUGCCACCUGUGUGCUGGAGUCAAACACAAGGUGCUGCUCAGGAGACUGCUGGCCACGUUCUUCGACAGAAACACUCUGGCCAAUAGCUGUGGGACAGGGAUCCGCUCCUCCACCAAUGAUCCGAGCCGAAAGCCCCUGGACAACCGAGUGUUAAACACUGUCAAACUUUACUGUCAGAACUUUGCUCCUAACUUUAAGGAGAGUGAGAUGAACGUCAUCGCUGCUGACAUGUGCACUAACGCUCGCAGAGUCCGGAAACGUUGGCUCCCAAAGAUCCAGUCGCUCCUCCCUGACGGGCUGCCGGCCUCCGCCUCCUCCCAUCCCCGCAAGGCUAAGAGGGGAGGAGGAGGAGGAGGAGGGGGAGGAGGAGGAGGAGGAGGAGGAGGAGAAGUGGCGGUGCCCCCCAGCGGCAGCCCCUUUGAGCUGGACCUGCGGCAGCUCAGCGCCUCCUACCUCGGCCUGGAGGCUCCACUGUACGCUGAGCGGCGGGAGAGGGAGGCGGCAGGGGAGAGGGAGAGGGAGAAGGAGGCGCCGGCCAGUCUCCUGCCUCACCUGCAGUUUGCCGGGUCACGUGGGGGAGGAGGGGGAGGGGGAGGUGCAGGGCAGGUGGAGGAGGGGAUGAUGGGAGGCGAGGCAGACGGGGGAGGGAGGCUACAGACUGAACCACCCUCAGAACUCCCCCUCUCCCUUUCCUCCUCCUCCUCCUCCGCUUCCUCCUCCUCCUCCUCACACCCCUCCCCCCAGCCUGCAGAGCCCGCCCCUCCUCACAGAGGAUCGGCCGACACAGAAGAGAGGGGGGCGGAGCCUCUGGAAGACAGCCAAUAAGCUUUCUAUCGCAUCUGCCUACCUGUAUGUAAAUAACACAAUAGCUACCUGUCCCCAACUGUCUGUCUGUCCUCCUGUCUGUCUGUCUCUACCUGUCUCUGUUCCCCUACCUCAC